UAUAUAUACAUGUGUAUAUAUACAUGCAUAAAUGCACUUUUUAUAUUUAUCAAUAUUCCUUCUUUCUUUCAAUUCUUUUACUUCUUGCUAUGGGCAUUUUCAAAUUUUAUAAAAAAGACAAUAAAGAGAGACAAAAAGUCGCAACUUCUGUCAAGGAGAUAUCCAACAAAGAAAAGAUCUUUGAUGAUACACCAAUUUAUGUUCCAUUUGCGCUCGAUAAUUCAAUACCUGGAACAACCCAAGGUAGUCUAAUGGAUGAAAUUUUCAAAGAGCUCCCUUUAUCUGCAUACAGCAAAACUGACUCAAAUAAUGAUGUCCCUAAGGCUCCUGUCGUGAAAAGUAUACGACAUUCACUAACACUUGGCUUACGAAAAAAUCGCGCAGCAAGCUUUAAUUCUUCAAGCAAUUCAAUUGACCUAUCCAAUUGUAACAAGUCAACCGAGACAAACAGUACUUUAACAGGGCCAGAAAACUAUUCGAGAAAAAACUCAGUGUUCACCGAUAGCUCAGUAUCAAGCGCCUCAACUUUUAGUAAUCCAUCCUCAGCUGAUGAGCGUGCUUCUUUGAAUAACGUCCCUAUACCAAUGUCACCAACAAGCUAUAUGGAGGACCAUUUUGAUCUUCAGUUACAAACACAAGGCAUCAUAAAACCCUCCGUUGCUAGGGGGCCGACCACACAGAUACGUUCAGCAUUAUCUCAAAGCUCUACCGAAUCUACAUUAGCCCGGAUGAGAGAAAGGCACCGACAAGAGCGUCAAAAGCAACGUUAUUGGCUACCGAGCUAUAGUAUCCCAGUAGACAGAACUGCCUAUUUUUCGCCUGCUGUCAGCCAGUUAAUGAUAACUCAGCGAGCGGCCAUUGGUCACAUGCAACUGUACAGUAUACCUCAACCAAUUCAACCCUAUCUAGAUCCAACCAUCCAAUCUUUUUCUACACAAGUGCCGUGUACAAUGACACAUACAUUCACUCCAGACGCCCCUCACUCCCCAUAUUACCCUUAUCCCACUUCAGUCACAAGCUCCUUUACGCCAAGCUCUUCAACUUCAACUCCGUUUUCUCAGCUCAAGGGAAAACCUGGUUCUCAUUAUUAUCAUCAUCACACAAAGGAACGAGAAUUACCUUCACCAUCAUUAUAUCAUCCAAAGUAUAGGACGCCCAGUAAGACACAGCAAACAGAUCUAGCCUAUUCGUACAACGUAGCAUCUGGUGUAACAGAAUCUAGUAUUCAUUCGCAAUACGCUAAUCAUAAUGACAUAAAGUAUGUUGUCACUCACUCAACAAACAACUGUUGCAAAGGCACUGCAAAAAGCAUUGAAUACUGUAGGAAAAGCACAUGUAAGAAGAAGAAAAGGAUUGACUCAUGUCUUGGAAAAUUGCAUACCUGUCAUAAUAUCAGUCUGGAAAGCCAAAUCAAUCAGAGGUAUAGAGAGGAGCUUGAUCUAAUGCAAAAAAUUCAUAAAAGAAACUGCUACUCAGUUCCCAGUUGUUUACACUUGCUGGACAAGAAACAAGACGUAUUUGAAGAAAAUGACGCUGCGGCUAUCAAAGUCAUUCAAGAGCACAUGAACUCAGAAGAAAAGACGAUGAGACUAUUAAAGGCAUACUGUGAAAAUAACCGAGCCUCGAUUGUCAUUACAUGCUGUUGUCAUCAGAGUAAUGGUAGUAGCAAUAGGACGAGAAAUGGCAGGCAAUGUCAUAAAGCAUCAAGAAUUCAUUCCAACGUAUGCGAUCAAAGAUUUCGAUAAACCAAAUAGAUUAUUAUUACUCAUAAACGAUUUAAAAAAAAUUGCUUCAUACAUUUCAUAUUAC